AUUAAUCUAACAAUAAAAUCAUCCAUCAAAUAUUUUGCUUGAGCUAUAGGAUAAUAUACUCAGCUUAUAUCUUCUCUUUAAUAUGCUAGAGCCUUUGAAAAACUUUUUAAUCAAUGUAGAUUUCUCUUUAUAAGAGAUUCCGAACCAAGAUGAAUAAAUAGGUGAUAUUUACUAAUCUUACUUUCAAACAAGUAAAUUUUCAUAGAAUGAAAUACAAAUUUGUUUUACUGAAAGCUAUAGACUAGUUAAAAAACAUAUCGACUCUUUACAUUUUACUCUUGAUUCGUUUGAAUAGAGCUUUUAAAAAGAUUUUGAUGAUUAUUUCUUGAAAAUAAAUACUUUUUUACCUAACAAAGAGCUAACAUACAUCUUUCUAACCUAGGUUUAUCAAUUUAAUGUUUAAAAGCUUUAAUUAUAAAAACUAAUAGAUAGAUAUGAAAACAUAGAGCUUGAACAUUUUUGCUUAAAAUAGGAAUACCUCUAAAUUUUAGCAACAAAAUUAGGUUAAAGCAAUAAGCUGACAUGUAUUUUGGAGGAUUAGAUGAAAUAACUAGAAAGGUUUAAAGAAUAAGAAAAUAAGUUCUUGUAGGAUAUGAGAAAGAUGAAAUCAUAAUUUGAAUCAAAAGAGUUUGUCAGCAAGCAAUUUGAGUUAUUUAAUAGCGAUAUCAAUAGAAAAAUGGAUAGGAGCAACAACCCUGUUUUGCCAAAUUUUUAUAUAAAUUUAAAAAUCGCAGACUCAUUGAGUAAUAUGAGCAAAGUCUAAUUUUCUGAAAAAUUUAUUGAUUAGGCAUAAGAUAAUAUUUAGACAGAAAUGGAAAUAAUAAAUGAUCAGAAUUAUAUGCUUGAUACCAUUAAAUUACUCAAAGACGUUUAAAGUACAUUUUAUAUCCCUGUUUCAAUGAUAUCUAAUUCCAGAAACAACCACUAGCUCUUAAUUUAAAAAAUAUUGGGAUCUUAGAGAGAAGUUGCUACAAACUUUUUCGAGGAGAAGACAAAAAAAAUAUAUGAAGGUGAUUUAAUUGGAUUUUUAGAUAAGAAGAAAGUUGAUGAAGAUAUCGUUAUUCUGACGACACCUGGGUUAGAUGAUACUCCAAGCAAAUAGAAAUUUGAGGCAGAAAUAAAUUCCUUUCAAAAGCUAAGAAUGAAUAUCAAAGACUUCAAAAAAAAGAAUGGAGAUAUAAAAGGCUAUUCCAAAAAAUUGAAACCAUCCGAAAAAGAAUAAAAAGAAGAUAGAUCUUAGCUUAUGACAAUAUUUUAACUGAUGAAGAAAGCCAUAAUGUGUUUUUAUUUGAUUUGCUAAUCAAAAACCAUUUUCGUUGUACUUCAAGACAAUGAAUAGGAUUUCGCCUUAUAUUAGUAAAUAAAGCUAAUUUGUAGCAAUUUCCUUGGAGCCGAAAAAUAAGAUAAGGAAAUAAAUUUCAUUCAUUUUUACUCUUAAAUUUCUGAUAUUAAAAGUGAAAAAGCAGAAUUUUAAUUCCAGAAAAUCAAAGCUAAAUUCAAUUUUAAAGACACUUCUAGCGAUUUUAAAAAUGAAAAAUUUAUGAAAUUUGAAGAAGAAGAAUAAGAAGAUUUUGAUAGUUACUAUAGAAAUAAACUUGGUUAGAAUAUUUAAUUCUAUCAUUUGAUGGUUUUUGGAAGCUUUGAAAGUAAUUAUAAUGAGCAGCUAUUUGAGAAAGUCAAAAAAGAUAUAAAAUCUACUAAAUGCAAACAAAUUGUCCCAAAUUAGAUAGAGUAGCAUUUUAAAAAAAAUGUAUACAAAAUUCUUACAUAUUUCUUUGAAUUUCCUAAAGAAUAAGAAAAUGAUUAACAAGAAAACUAAGUAUUUUAAUUUAAAGAAAUAUAAAAAAAAGUUCAACAAUAGUAAAACGAAAUAAAUGAUGAUUAUGAUUUUGAUUAAUUAUUAGAAAAUUAAUUAGAUUGGAAAGAUUUAGUGUUUUAUCCAUUUAGUUUUUUGACACCAAACCCAAUCAAUUAACAAAAUUGAUUGAAAUUUAAUUUGAAAGUAAAAAAAAAAAGUAUUUUAUUUUUUUAAUUUUAUACCAUAUUUUCUAUCUAAAAAAUAAAAAUUAAUAAUAAUUCCAAAAUUCUUUUAUUUAAUUAAGAUAUUUAAAGCAGUCCUGUGAAAUUCUGUAUGUUUUACUUUUACAUUUUUCUAUUAAAAGCUUAUGUAUGAAAAAAUAAAUAAUCAAGG